GUGCUUCCUAGGAAGCAAAUUAGUUAUCGUUUCCGGUUUAUUGUUGUUAUAACAGAAAUCGCGGAAAAGAAGUGUCUCGAUGCCCUAGAUUUAAUACCGUGAGGGCAGCCCACAAUGAAGACCCCACCACGGGAAGAGGAUGGGAAUGUUUCUGUUGUGGUGAGAGUCCGACCACCAAAUCAGCGGGAAAGAGAGGGUAACCAUCGGAAUGUUGUACAGGUUGUUGACAGUAAUAUGCUGGUCUUUGACCCGGAGGAGCCAGAUGAGCCUGGAGUCCCUGCUGGUUUCAAAGGGUGGGACACACUAAAACGGAAAGGCAAGGAUCUAAAAUUCAUGUUUGACAGAGUGUUUGGUGAACAAUCUACCCAACAAGAGGUGUUCGAAUUCACAACUAAGGGCAUUCUGGAUGGAGUGCUAGAUGGAUACAAUUGCUCAGUGUUUGCCUAUGGUGCAACAGGUGCUGGAAAGACUCAUACGAUGCUGGGCACAGAAGGAGAUCCAGGAGUCAUGUACCGCACAAUGAUGGAACUUUACCGGAGGAUAGAAGAGGUGAAGGAAGACAAGCGAUGUGAAGUGACUGUGUCUUAUCUUGAGGUAUACAAUGAACAGAUUCAUGACCUGCUGGAGCCAAAGGGCUCACUUGCUGUUCGAGAAGACCCAGAAAAGGGAGUGGUUGUUCAGGGUCUUUCUUUCCACCAGAUUUAUGUGAAACAGCAGGAUAGAAUAGCCAGUAUUAAUCAGGCCUUGCGAGUGGCCAAAAUGAGUUUGAUUGACCUUGCUGGCUCAGAACGAGCUUCCACCACCAAUACAAAAGGGGAACGACUGCGAGAGGGAGCAAACAUCAACAGAUCUCUACUUGCUCUGAUCAAUGUGAUUAAUGCACUGGCAGACUGCAAGGUAAGGAAGUCGCACAUUCCUUAUCGUGACAGUAAACUGACACGUCUUCUGAAGGAUUCAAUUGGGGGAAACUGCAGAACUGUAAUGAUUGCUGCGAUUAGCCCUUCUGCUUUCAGCUAUGAUGAUACAUACAAUACGCUGAAAUAUGCCAAUCGUGCUAAGGAAAUUAAACUUUCAGUAAAGAGCAACGUUGUUAGCCUGGAUUGCCACAUAAGUAAAUAUGCUGCAGUCUGUGAAGAGCUCAGAUUGGAAGUCAGCCGGCUGAGAGAGAAGCUGAAGAAAUAUGAAGAAAAUGAGUGCAUUAUAACAUUGACGCCUAAGGCUGAAAAGCCAUCUGGAGACGCAACAGUUCCACCUGAGUUACAAGCUGAUGUGCAAGAGAACUUGACUGCAGUUACUAAUGAAGUUCAAACACAGCUAUUCAAAGAGACUUCCAGUCCAUACCCAGCACAUUUACCAAACAAAAGUGUUCACAAAUGUAAUGACACUUGCACUGAGCCAAGUUCCAGCAAAUCUUUCGGUAUGCAGACAGAAGUGAAUUUUCAGAGGUUUGGAGAGACUCUAAAAGAACUGUUUUCCAGCUUGGAUUUACACCGCAAAGAUUACCAGGAAGCUGAAGCUGGUAUGAGGGAGCUUGCUCUGAAAACUGCAAUUCUCAGCAAAAAUCAGGAGAGGUGUAAAAUAUUGUGCGAAGCACAGAAAAUAUCUCAGGCCUCUUGCAAGAUAGAAAGGAGCCAAGCUGCCUUGAGGGCUAGUCGCACACAUCUCGAAGAACGUCAGCAGCAAGCACAACUGCAGAUAAUGCAGAUUGAAUCUCAGUUACGUCAGCUUGAAUGUGAGAUGAGUACAGCACACAACAGACCGUCUGACACAAAGGUUUUACAUCCAAGUCUACAAUGCCAUGCUUUAGAAUCUGAAAAUGCUGACCUCAAGCGACAGAUUACCCACUUGACCAGACUUUCCUCUCUUCAGGAGCGAGACCAGGAUCAAACUGAGAAGUUGGUCACUACCUUGCUACAAGUUGUCAGGAAACAGCAUUCUGCACUGAAAAAUGGCAGUCUUAUGACCCCAAAUAUGGCAUCUCGUUAUGAGGAGCUGGAGCGCUGUGUACAAGGAAAGAAAACUGUAGUGUGGGCUGACCAGCUUCAAGAGUGGGAGGAAGAAACCAAAAGCGAACAGACAAAUAAAGGUCCUGGAUCUAGUGUGACAAUUACAACUCCCACAACUAUGGAAUCAAAACCCAGUCUGAGGUUUGGUCGUCCAAAUGAAAAUGCAAGAACAAAAGCCAUUCGGGUACCCAGAGAACUACAGUCUGCCAAUUCAUCACAGUAUAGUGCAAAACGAUGCCUUAGAGAACUGAUCCCACCACCGGGACUCCCACAGAGGACACCUACCAUCCCAGUGAAAAGGAGAAGGUCGGAUACAAAUACUCCCUCUGAAAAUGACAUUCGUUUAUCUCCAGAGUGUCAGGCAAAGCGUCAAAAAAAAUGCAUUGUUUCAACUGGAGCAGCACAAAGGAAAACUCGUACAAAACUUUUCAUAACAGACACUCCAAAAAUGAACCCUUCAAGUCAGACUAGUAACACUCCUUUAAUCGAAGGGAUCUUGCCUCUGAAAUAUACUCCGCAGCGCAACUCCUCGUCCUACCUCCAGCCACUAGGUAAACCUCGCACACCAUUAGGUACAUCAUCCAUACAGAAUGCAGCAUCUUUGCCCAUCAGAACCCAAGAUAAGAAUGCGACAUUUGAUUUACCAGAGACAUGCAACAAAGGAGAACUGAAUACAACACUGGUCUUAGGACCUUCUGUUUUCUCUGGACUGGAUAAUUCACCCAUUGCAUUCAGCAUCAAAGAUGGAGUGUUUCUAUCUAGGCCAGUUGUGUCAGAGUUCACUGUAAGAGAACCAUCUGAUUCAUCCUGCAACCAAAGCAAACUUUCAGCCUCUGCUACCAGGUCGAUAUCACACAAGAAGAGGCGGUCCAUCAGCAGCACUUCUAAUCGCUCUGCUGCUACUGUUCGCAGCCAGAGCCGGAUUGCUAAAAUGCAGGGUAGCACUGUUAGAGUUCCAGUAGGGGUUCAGCCUUUUUCAGCACUGCCCAGCUCACCACAGCCAGGUGCUAGAAGGGUGAUUAAAGGUCCUGCAAAACUCGAUGCAGCUCCAUUUCUCAACUUCUCCAAUCAGCUUCAUGUUGUAGCUAAACCACUUAAAGUGCUAGGAUAUCCUCAGAGAACACCAGUUUCUACACGAUGAUGCAGAACUUGGAUUUGUCAUUGUAAUGACAUCACAUUAUAGCACCAUUUGUGAUGUAUUUAGUAUUGCCACAAUGUGGAAAAUUGCAGGAAUGACUGUAGUUAAGUGGUCAGAGUUGCUGUUCAGUUCUCCUUCUAGGAUUGUUUAGUUGUUAAGCUAAUGUAUCACAUACUUGAACAGACACUUGCCCAUGAAAUGGACUAUAUUAAAUGGAGUAAGUGUAAAAAAGCAGCUUUCAGUGCCUAAUACCUCAGCCCAGAUACAGAUGACCUUGUGCAUGUUUUAAGCUUUCAUCUGAGAUUGCAGUUAAAAGCAGACAUCAGAUGUGGAUUCUGAACAGUUAAAGAUCCUUUGGCUUCGUUAGUUACAUUUGCUUUGCAGGCUUUAUGUAGUUAAUCCACGAAUGCUGUUUUUUUUAUAGGACAGCAGUCUUUCCAAGAGAGAAGGUAUAAUUUAAUGAUUAAAACAUUUUUUCUUUAUAUGGGGACAUAUAAUAGGCCUUUAAGUCAGGCUGUAUGUACAGUUGCAUAAAAAAUGAACUUCAGCUUAUUCUGCUUUUUCCCUGAUUACAUUAUUGCUAGCAUAUAUUUGGCCAGGAAGCUUCCUUACUAACCCUUAAUCAUGGCUAAAACUCAGGUUUCCAUUAAUUUUACAAAAAAGGUUUAGUUUGCCUUACAAAGUGUAUAGUAUUUAUGUAUGCGAACGAGACAUAUUUAAUGGGCAAAACUGACAUGCAGUAAAAACAGGAGUACCUUCUUGACAUGGGCCCAUUGCACUUAAGUACCCUUCCUGACUUUUCUAUGUAUUGUACUUGUCUUAUGGAAAAUUGCAAAGCUAGAAGUAUAUUAGUAGGUCAGUGCUGUAGAUCACUUUGGGAGCCAAGAUCUGCGUCACGCAGGCUGUUUGGUUCAAGUUUACAGUUGUUUGCACUCUUUAAUACUGGAACUUUAAAAUACAUGUUGCUUCUGUGAAACAUUACAUAUACUUGAGGAUGGUUUGCUAACAACGGAGAGUCCAUGUCAAUCAAGGUAUUUUGACUUUUAUUCAAAUGUAAAUGGCAUUUUUCUUCUUUUGAGGCAUGAACCUCUGAGAGGCACACACAACUUAUGCCAGCAACCAUAUGUGAUUUAUGAAGCACUUGUUGAACUGUCCUGCUCUGUGCCCUUCAUAUACCUUGAAUGUUUUAAGGAAGAACAGUGCAUCUCAUAAUCGGUGCCUGUGUAAAUGGAAAGUAAAAAUAGGGAAGAGAACUAUAUUGAACAUUGCAGAAAGCAGUUAUGAACUUGAGCCCUGAAUGUUUUAUUCUAUUCAUAAAGGGCUUCAUCAAGUACCCAAAGUACUAUUUUAUUGUAAAUGCAUGUAUUUUUAUUCUUUUUCAUUAAAUGUUUCAACUGUUA